GGAGAGAGAGAGAGAGACGGGGGAAAACUUCAGACAUGUGCCGCCGAAUUGUCGCUCACUUCACCCUCCAAGCUUCGCCAAUGUUCAUAUGUCUGUCCCCUCUCUCCUCCUCCUCCUCUACCUACCUACCUACCGCGGGAGGACCUCCCUCGCUUGGCUUCAUGUGACCACCACCACCCAGCCCACCCCAGCUGGCCCAGCCAGUAGUCGUCUGCGACCAAGCACCAAAGCACCAAGCUGGCUCCAUCGCUCGCCCGCUUGCGAGGCUAUUAUUUCGUCGUUACAUUUUCAUCUACGUUACUCUCUCAUCCUUUAGUCCUGCUAUAUGGACAUCCUGUACCGUACCUUUUUCUCCCCCUCCCCCCACCACACGCCACACACCUCUCCAUCGCAUUCCCCACUACCCCAGUUCAUGCUACUGUUACUGUUAUUUCGGGUUUCCUCUUUUUACCUUUUAUUUGGGGUCGGAAGAGCAAGUUCGGAAUGAAGGUCGACUCUCAUCCCCAUUUCAUGAUGUUUCAGGUAUACGGAUGGUGUGGACAGGUUGGAUACCCCCCUCCCC